AUGGUGACCACCUACAAGCUGUCUGCCACCUUGGAGCAGCACGGAGCGGACGUCCGUUGCGUGGCUGCUGGCAGCCCCGAGGUAAGCAAAGACUGUCGAGGUGACAUCGUGCUCACCGGCUCCCGUGACCGACACGCUAUCAUCUGGCAUCGCACCAGCGGCAAUCAGUUCGACUCAGCACUCGAGCUCGCCAAUCACGAAGGCUUCGUCAACGCCUGCGCACUGCUUCGAUCCGACGCAACCUACGCUAUCACUGCCGGCCAGGACAAGAUCAUCUACGCAUAUCAGCUUCUCACCUCCGGCAACCAGAUCACAGUCCAGCUUGAUGCAAAGACCGCCGAGCCACAGCCAGCGCGCACAUUGAUAGGGCACACUGAAAACGUUUGCGCGCUCGACGUCGGACCGCACGGCCAGUACAUCGUCAGCGGCAGCUGGGACAAGACCGCCAAGGUGUGGAGGAAUUGGGAGUGCGUCGCAACCUUCAAGGGUCAUGAGCAGUCGGUUUGGGCCGUUCUCGCGGUCGAUCAAGACAGAGUGUUGACAGCAUCGGCGGACAAGACAAUUCGUUUGUGGUCCAUCUCGAGCCCUACCAAGCCGCUGGCGGUGUUCGGCGGGCACACGGACGCUGUGCGUGGCCUGACGCUGCUCGAGGGCGGAGAGUCGUUCGCAAGCUGCGGAAACGAUGGCAACAUUCAUCUCUACUCCCUGCACGGCGCUUCCUCGUCUGCUGGGAGUGCGCCGAUUCAGCCCGUGCAGGUUCUGUCCGGCCACACGAGCUUCGUGUACAGCCUAGCAACCAUUCCGGGCGGAAGGGGCGAGCUCGUAAGCUCGGGCGAAGAUCGCAGCGUCCGCGUCUGGCGAGACGGCGCACUCGUACAGACUAUAACACUUCCUGCCAUCUCAGUCUGGUCAGUCUCUGUUCUUGCCAACGGAGACAUUGUCGCCGGCUCUUCGGACGCAGCGGCCCGAGUAUUCACCCGCGAUGCAUCGCUCGUCGCAGACGAAGCGACACUGAAGGCGUACGACCACUCGAUCUCGACUCAGGUGCUCAAUCAGACGCAGGUGGGCGAUAUCAAGAAGGACGACCUGCCAGGUGUCGAAGCGCUCUCGCAAGCAGGCAGCAAGGAGGGACAGACCAAGAUGGUCAAGAACGGCGACGUGGUCGAGGCGCAUCAAUGGAGCGCAUCUUCGCAGCAGUGGGUCAAGAUCGGCGAAGUUGUGGGUGGCGUGGGGUCAGGUUCGAAGAAGCUAUACGAGGGCAAGGAGUAUGACUACGUCUUUGACGUCGAUAUCGCAGACGGCGUGCCGCCACUCAAGCUUCCGUUCAACCUCAGCGAGAACCCAUAUGCAGCAGCACAGAGGUUCUUGGAGAAGAACGACCUGCCACAGCAGUACGCGGACCAGGUGGUGCAGUUCAUCGACAAAAACACGUCGGGCGUCAGUCUGGGUGCGCCCCAGUACGCGGAUCCUUACACGGGGGCAAGCAGGUACCAGCCCUCCGGAUCGUCGUCUGGCGGCGCUAGCUCAGCAGCCGCGCCGUCGAGCGCUGCCGCGGUCGCAGCACCGAGCUUGGACGACACCAGCAGGUAUACCGGAGCACGCAACGUCGAUCCUUACACCAGCUCGGGGCCAUCUGCAUCGACUGGUGCCUCGAGCGCAGGGGGCGCGGCUACUUCGACAAGCUCGAUCCUGCCACAACGAGCCUUCUUGUCCUUCAAGAGCGCCAACUUCUCCGCGAUCAAGAACAAGCUAUCGCAGGUCAACCAGCAAGAAACGGCCAAGCUAUCAGAAUCGGAAAUUCGUCAGAUCGACCAGCUGGUCUCUCGACUCGAAUCUGGAUCUUCGUCGGAUGCUCUCAACAUCGAUGCACUUCGUAAAGCCGUCUCGUCGUGGGGCGCUGGCUCCCGGUUGCCUGCUCUCGACCUCAUCCGAUGCGCUGCAGCUGCCGGCACCACGACGGCACCGCUCGAGAUCGCCCGCGAGGUCUUCGAAGCGUCCUCCUGGGCGUCUGACUGGCCCAUCCCCGGCUCGCCCGACGCCAAGGUUCGGGAUGUCAACUCGAUGCUGGCCCUGCGCACGAUCGCCAAUCUGUGGAGCGAUCCGCGCGCACUCGGCGAGCUCGAGGUGAACGGAAUGAGCCUGUUGGGCAGCCUUUCCGAGACGCACUAUGCCAGGAUGAGCAAGAAUGGCAGGAUCGCAUUCGCCACGGUCGUCUACAACGCGACCGCGCAGAUGGUUGGUGGGAUGGGCAAGAACAGCGCAGCAGGGAUCACGUUGGGACUGGUGAACGAGGUGUUGGCGCAGGAGAGCGAGGAAAGCGAGGCGGUGUAUAGGAUUUUGGUGGCCUUGGGUAAUUUGCUCUGCUCGUCAUCGGGUAGCAAUUUGAAUAGGAACGCGUUGGACACGGCCCGUCAGUCGAUGCAGAGACUGUCGGGAACGGGGUUGGGCAAGGAGCAGAGGAUCGCGCAGAUCAUCGCCGAGGUCCAUGGCUUGUUCUAG